AUGGACGACAGACGUUCCAACAGCUCGUCAUACGACCGAUACGCCUACAACGACUAUCGUCGCACCACCACAACAACAUCGUCAUUGUCAUCGGGUACUCCAACCGACCAGCGACGGCGAUUAGAAGUCGAACAGCUGCAGCAGCAACAACAACAGCAGCAGCUAUACCGCCGCAGAAGUCCUCUAGCAACCGAGUCCCAGACAGCCAGGUACGGCUCAGACGGGGAAGAGGACGAGCAAACCGGCGGCGACGACGAGUACUACUCGUCCUCGUGGGGCCAACAACGAAGAUCCACCAGCGGCAGCCCGAAGAGCAACACGGGCAGCUCGUCCGGCGGCAACGGGAAGGAACGACAGAUGAGCGGCUCCAGCGGCUCGACCACGACCACGAGGGCCGGAGGGCCACCGCAGUAUGCGAGGGACAGGACGAGCACUUCCACUUCCACUUCUUCCGCCUCGUCACGCAACGAACGUCGUGGCGGCGGCGAUGCGACGACGCGGGGAGGCGCAUACAGUCACAGUAACAGCAGUCACAUACAAUCCCAUUCACAUUCACAGUCCAGACACGGUCCGGAAGAGGCUCGUAGCGGGAGUGGGAGUGGGAAUCCCAGCCGCUCACGGUUGGUGUCGGGGGUCUUUGUGAGAUAUUGA